GCCCGCCGAUCCCCGCGCCCCGGCGGGCCGCUGCCUGCAUGUAUUUGCUGCCCUCCGCGCCGCCGCCGCCCAGCCCCGCCGCCCUCGCCAGCCCGGCGCGCUGGAUGCAGACUAACAGGGAUGCCAAAGGAAAAAUAUGAUCCUCCAGAUCCUCGCAGAAUUUACACCAUCAUGUCGGCAGACGAGAUAGCCAAUGGGAAGAAGUCUCACUGGGCAGAAUUAGAAAUUUCGGGUAGAGUGCGGUGCUUAAGUAUGUCACUUUGGUCACUGACUCACUUGACUGCUCUACACCUCAACGACAAUAAUCUUGUUCGCAUUCCACCUGAUAUUGCCAAGCUCCAUAAUCUGGUUUACCUGGAUCUAUCAUCCAACAAACUCAGAAGUUUACCAGCAGAACUAGGAAACAUGGUAUCUCUCAGGGAAUUGCUUUUAAAUAACAAUCUGUUACGGGUUUUGCCUUAUGAACUUGGACGGCUCUUCCAGCUACAAACCCUAGGUUUGAAAGGCAAUCCUUUAUCACAGGAUAUUCUCAGCCUGUACCAGGACCCAGAUGGAACACGAAAGCUACUGAACUACAUGCUUGACAAUCUAGCAGUUCAUCCAGAGCAGCUGCCUUCAAGGCCGUGGAUUACUUUAAAAGAACGAGACCAAAUUCUGCCCUCAGCUUCAUUCACAGUUAUGUGUUACAAUGUGUUAUGUGAUAAAUAUGCCACCCGGCAGCUAUAUGGCUACUGCCCGUCCUGGGCAUUAAAUUGGGAGUAUAGAAAAAAGGGAAUCAUGGAAGAAAUCGUGAACUGGGAUGCAGAUAUCAUUAGUCUUCAGGAAGUGGAAACAGAGCAAUACUUCACCCUCUUUCUGCCAGCAUUAAAAGAGCGUGGGUAUGAUGGAUUUUUUUCUCCAAAGUCACGUGCCAAAAUCAUGUCUGAGCAGGAGAGAAAGCAUGUGGAUGGCUGUGCAAUAUUCUUCAAAACUGAAAAAUUUACAUUGGUGCAGAAGCACACAGUGGAGUUUAACCAGGUGGCAAUGGCUAACUCUGAAGGAUCAGAAGCCAUGUUAAACAGAGUGAUGACAAAGGACAACAUUGGAGUUGCUGUAGUGUUAGAGGUGCACAAAGAAUUAUUUGGAGCAGGUAUGAAGCCACUUCAUGCUGUGGACAAACAACUGCUUAUUGUGGCAAAUGCCCACAUGCAUUGGGACCCUGAAUACUCAGAUGUAAAACUCAUUCAGACUAUGAUGUUUGUCUCAGAACUGAAAAAUGUCCUUGAGAAAGCCUCCAUCAGGCCUGGCAGUCCAACAGCAGAUCCUAAUUCUAUCCCUCUGGUGCUGUGUGCAGAUCUUAACUCACUGCCCGAUUCAGGUGUUGUGGAGUACUUAAGCAAUGGCAUAGUAGCUGACAACCAUAAGGACUUCAAAGAGCUGCGUUACAAUGAGUGUCUCAUGAACUUCAGUGGCAGUGGAAAAAACGGAGCUUCUGAAGGAAGAAUCACGCAUGGCUUCCAGCUCAAGAGCGCCUAUGAAAACAACUUGAUGCCUUACACCAAUUACACCUUUGAUUUCAAAGGUGUGAUUGACUACAUUUUCUAUUCCAACACUCAUAUGAACGUGCUUGGUGUCCUGGGGCCUUUAGAUCCUCAGUGGCUGGUUGAGAACAACAUCACUGGGUGUCCACACCCUCACAUCCCUUCAGACCACUUCUCACUGUUAACACAGCUCGAACUCCAUCCGCCGCUCCUGCCUCUUGUCAACGGUGUACACCUACCUAACAGGAGGUAGUGGAGCCCUGCCCCUUUGAGGGCUGGGACCUGUUGUUAUGGACCUGUACAGUUGUAAAUCAAAGUAUGUAGGAGUGAAGUAUGGCCAACCUUAAGCUGCUUCUUCAAGCUCCUUUCAUUGUGUGUUUUGAUAUGAGAUUUUGCACAUUUUGGUGCAUGUUGGUAUCAUUUGGCACUAGGGCUGGAACCAAAGUAUUAUUCCCUUUCCAGGAUUUUAAUUUAAUUUUUAAACUGGUAAGCUUGUUGUUUCAUUGGGAAGCUGUGUUUAUAAAAUGGGCAAAUCAGAUUCACAGCUUGCAUCGUAAUCUAUUUAAAAUUAAUGCUUUCUUCCAAAUCACAGCACAACAAACCCUCUUUUUUAAAAAAAACAAAAAUAAACUGAUAAAUACAACACUUCAAUCUGUUUCAGUUGUAAGGGAGAAUAAUUAGAAGUACUAUUUUACUGAACUCAAAAUGGAGAUCUGGGUUCUGCAUCCAAAAUUAAUUUUGCACAUUAGCAAAGCACUUAAUAUUUAACUGUAAAUUAUUAACAGUAUAGCCCUCCCCCCACAUCUAGCUAAUACUGGAAAACCAAAAAUGGUUGCAUAUACAUAUUGAAGGGCUAAAUCAUCUCCUGGUGCAACUCUAUUGACUACAAUGGAAUUAUGCCAUCAGAGAAUUUGGACCUGAGCAUUUAAUGCCACAUAGAACUCUUGGUUGGCAGACUUGGUGGUAACUUUCUUGGAGCUCCUUUUUUGGUUAAGAAAUUCAGGAAUUCAAAUGGAUGGCCUGUUUUGAGAGAGAUGUAACAGAGAAAUCUCCCUACUUUGACAAACCAUGAUGGGAAACUUCUGCAAUGUAGGUUGGGAACAGGAUUUAGAAGCAUAAAAUUAAGAAAUUGCACUCAAAAAAUCAGCUGCAAGUUUUCUUAUUGAUGAGUUCUAGGAGAGCAAAUACGUUCCAACUCAAUCUAUAGGUUCCUGUUUCUAAUGUUAAAUUACAAAAAUGAUAAACUUUGGAUUGGAGGUACUGGUUAAGCUAAGGUACAGGAAAAAAAACCCUCUGGAAAUGAUCUUACUUCUAUCUCCAAAGUGAAGGUUAAAUAGCUGUCUAGGUGCUUUUUGUGUGUGGGGGGAGGGAAGAGUGGUAGCCAUAAUCAUUCCUUGGAUUAUUUUUCCUGACCCUAGUUGCCAAAUAACCAUCGUAUGCUUUUAAUACUUUGUGUUUGUUUUCCAUCAAGGUUGAAUUAAAAAGCUGCUGGUUCAUUCCCAACUGUUAACACUCAUUAGCUGUGUUGCAAAUCUUCUUUUUUACGCUCCAGGGGGCCAGUUCCAAAUGUUCUGCCUCAAGAGGCAGUAAACAUAAUGCAAUUUUCUGAAAGACAUUGGUUGGCGGCUUAAUGUUUAAAAAAAUAUAUAUAUGGCACCGUAACAGGAAAAGGUGGUGUCUGUGUUUUUAAGUUUUUCUUUAUUCUGCUUUUUUGCUGCUAUAAAAUUUUCUUGAAUUUAUAUUUUAAACUUUUCAUGCACUUUACUGUUUCUAGUCUCAAAAUGUGAUAUUUUUAAUAAAAAAGAAUUUUUCCAUUUAUGUGAAUGAAAUUUUUAAACAGAUAAAUAGCCUAUAUUUAUGUCUCAUUCAUAGAUUUCAAAAGGGUCACAUUUAAAUUGGUAAAUUAGUUUUAAAUACUAAGGAGCAAUCUUCUGCCUUGCAAAACUAAUACUUUAGCUUGUUCCAUCAUUCUUUAAUUAUAUAUUUCCUUCGUCGUUGUUUUCUUAGAAAAUCAGGCUCUAGUAGAGAAUGUUCCCUGUAUUUGUUUAGGGGUGGGAUGGGAUGCAACAGUUGGUUCAAUGAAACCACAACUCCCUUUCAAAAUUGCCUUGGAAUGGAGGCAUCACCCGUCAUCCAAUAUAAAAUUGGAAGUUAUUGUAGUUGAGUGAAAUUUAAUAUAAAUAAAAAAUUUUGUGCAACACAAGAAAACCCAACCAACCAAUUAAAAAAAAAUUAAAAAAAAAGCAAAACCUUUUAAAGAUUUUCCUCUAGGUGCAGGUAUCUCUUUAUAUAUACCUCAAGUGUUCAAGACCUAGGCAUGCAGAUAAAUUGAAAAAAUAAGUAGCAUAUAGUACUGGAAAGUAGAAUAGCAUGAAAAACUUAAUUUUGUGGACAUUACCUUUUGUAAUCAGCUGCUGUAUUCUUUUUUUGUUUUUCUUUUGGAGGGGUGGGUUCUCUGCUCUGGAGAUAUGCACUAACAAACCAUUUUCCUCCUUUCAUACACGCAUGUUAACUAGCAAUGUGAGCAAUAUUUCCUACCAUACUUCACUCCCAAUAUUUUUGAGAUGUUUGUAUAAAAUGGAAUUUAAAGUUCACCUAUGAUUGUAUAUGAACUGCAGAGGAGCCUGUUUAUAAAUAAAUUUAAAAAAAACCCCACAAUCUUUUGUAGUGUUGGGGGAAAAUAAAAAAAAUUGGGCAACAGAAACAGCUUAAGUUUUAUUUUCUUCUGAUUCAUAAUUAAUUUGAGGCACUCUGUUGCAGGAAGGUGUUUAAUUGGGUUUUCUCUGCUUCAAAAUGCAUUCUUCAAAAUGUUUGUUAUCCUGUUACUUUAAAAAAAAAUGUAAUUGACAUUGCACAAAAGCUUUUAUGUUGAAAUGGAUAUUGUUUGUUUUAGUUGGCCCACACAGCUGAGCAUGUUAAUCCAAAUUUCAUGUGUGGUUCUCUCCUGCCCCCCUUCCCUCCCCGCGCUGUAUUGCCCCUUUUUUUUUUUUUUUAAACAGAAGGGGCAGUAUCUGUAUUGAGCUUCCAUUUCCGGUGAUCAGAAAUGCUGCUGUCCUUCGUGUUUUUGUUUAAAAUACGGAAAAUCUGGAACUCUGUCAAUAAUAAUCUUAAGAUGAAUAAUAUCUUUAGAUAAAAAAACAUGCGUACGCAUUAUCCAGAAGUCAACAUAAAUUACCAUAUGUGUCUAAAGUGGAAACUCAUGGCUUUAAGUAGAAAAACCUACACAUUCGAAGUUGAGCUUUUCUGCAGCUGUGAUUCUUCUGAUUGCGAAAACUGAAAACUCGGUACCCUAUAAACGGGGUGUGUGUGUGUGUGUGUGUGUGUGUGUGUGUGUGUGUGUGUGUGUGUGUGUGUGUGUGUGUGUGUGUGUGUGUGUGUGUGUGUUUUGGGAGGGGGAGCAGGCAGGGAAGAGGAAUCUAGGAAAGUGGUAUCACUAAUUUCACAAUAGAUAAAUGUACAACAAAAUACACAAAAUUAUUCUCUCCAUCACUGAUGCUUGUCUCAUAGCUUUAAACACUGGGAACACUGCAGCAUCCUCAGGACUGGUCACAGGAAAAAAAGUUCAAAUUCACAUACUGCUCCUUGCUUAGUUGGUUUUGUUUUAAAAAUAUUGUGCCUGGUGUCAACUUCUAAGCAACAGCACUGCCUAAAGGAAGCAGAGAAAAAAAUAGAACACCGUUCUACAGGCAACUUUUUAAAAUUCGAUAUGGUAAAUCUGUUAGAUAUGAGGUUUUGUGUGUGUAUAUAAAAACAUUUUGUACAAUGUAGCUGAAUAUUUUUGUUUCAUUAUUUUGAUGUAAGGAGUGUGAACGUUUUGUGUACCACACGUUGAAGUCAGGUAUGGCACAAUGGGUUUUGAGACCAGCUUUUCUUCCCAUUUGCCUUGUUCAAAGCUUUUCUUUCUUCCUUUCUUUCUGUUUCUAGCAUUCAUCAAGAAAAUACUUCAUUUUACCAAUAAGCUUACUGUGUGUUUGAAGCCACUCUUGUUUCUAGUCAGCAGAAAUACAAAACUUUUUUUCUUAUUGGUUCCAACGACUGCUUGUUAUUCUAUGUUUAUAAACCGUAGCCAAAAUCUUCGGUCCCUUAAAAUCUUCAAAAGCACCUACCCCAGGGUUGGCCUAAUUCUGUUCCCAGGGUUUCACCAUUGACUUCAGUGGGGACAGAGUCAGGCCAAUGCUGAGAAAGUCUGGAAAAUCUCCCAUCCUGGGUGAUUUUGAGUUAAGCUUCCUCUCUCCAGGGACAUGGCCUGAUGCCGGAAUUACUGUGGCCUGUUUUUCCAAGGUGCUGAGCACCUGCAGCUCCCAUUUACUUCACAAUUUCUGAAAAUUCAGGCCAGUUACAUUUUGGUGUCCGAACAUGAUUUUAGGAGCUUAACUUUCAGCACCUCAUUCUGAAGUCUUUGACCUAAAUCACAAGGGAGUAAAUAAAAAGAUAUUAAAGGCUCAUAUCACUUGAUUCCACGGGGACUAAGUUUGGUGAGGAGAUCACAGGUAUGAAGUAUAGAGAGGAGACAAGCUAUAAAAGAUGGUUUUAAUUCAAGAUUAUUCUGUUUUGUCACACCUGAUAUAUGAGGGAAAUAUGGUCGGUAACUUUGAGCAUUUACAUCCGUUCAGAUUUCUAAAUCGUUAGUGCAUUAUUAAUACUCUUUCCAUAAUCUAUUAAAUUGAGAAGAGGAAGGUGUGGGCAGUUAAUAUCAAAAUCAUUUAAACCCAGCAACUGAAGUGACUAUAUUUUUAUUAUAAUUCUUGGCUUUCGGCAUCAAAACUUGGUUUGGCAAGAUACUUGGCAUACAAGAUUUAGGAAUGGAAGGAGUUUUUUAAUACUAAUUAUCAAAACAAUACUAAUUAGAUUGCUAUUUAAAUAUCACAAAGGGUUAGUUGGAUAUAGCCUCAAAUUCAUAUAAAUUUGAAAAGGAAGUUGUAGUAGUCAUUAAUCUUCAAAUAAAUGUUUUUUUAAUGGCUUGAGUAUUGUACAUAUUUACAUGGUUAAUCUCGUAUCAGUUAUUCUGUACUGCCAUGUAGAUAUUCUUCUUUAUUUACAAAAAUCUAACUUCACAAAAACAAGGAAAUGUUACAUUUUAAGAUUACAUUCUGGAAUGACACAUCAUCUUCUAUAUUGGGAGAUGACAGGUUGAAACAUACAUACUUGGAGCAUGUCUCACUGUUAGGAGAUGUCUAAGCAUGACGAAGUGAGGGAAGUGAUGUGUCCUGCUUGUGUUAAAAGUUUAAAUCGCCUUACUCUUGUGAGUUUCAGUGCUCUCUCUCUAUUAUUUUUGUCAUUUGAUCCUCUGAAGUUUUAAUACAAUAGAAAACUCUCCUAGAAUUGUGUGAAUGACUCAAUAGACUGUAGAGUAUUGUGUACAUAUAUACUUAGGAACCUGAGUGGUCCAUCAAGUACUUGAUCUGUUUUAUCAGUUUGCAGUAGGAAGCCAUUAAGGUAAAAUAAAUCCUUUUAAAAACAUGGAGCCUGACAGCAUCAUUUGAGAGAUUGGUAAUGGGAUAGCGAGCUAUUUACCUGGAUUACCAUUUCAGAUGUGAUUGCUUUUACACAAUAUUCAUAAAAUGAGUUGCCUGCUAGGCGGAGAAGUGACACCACGGGAGAAGUGCUGGCCCCACUGAAUUCAAUGGGAGUUUUGACAUUGACUUCAGUAGGGGAAGGAUUUCACUGCAGUUGUCCAGGUUAUAUAAGCACCACACUUGCUAAAAAUUUAACAUCUGGAUUGAUAGUCUGAAAUAUCAGUGGCUGAAUACAUGCAGCAAUUGGAUUACUUCCGCUUUCCUGUAGAGGUGGUCUGUCCAGAACACCAUUGAGAUGUAUUGGCAGAGCAACACAGGGAAGCUUUUCUCAUCUCUACUUGUAUAGAUGUUGAACAGAUGACUCAAUUUGUUAGUACCUGAGAGAGGGGACGUUAAAAGGAUGAUUAAAAAUAGCUGAAUAAGUUAGCUGAAUAUUGGCAACAGAGAAAAGUUCACUGUUAAGGUCUGGGCCUGCUAAAUUCAUAAUGUGAAAGUCAUUCCAUGUUAGAUUGGUAAAUAUUUUGCAAGAAUACAGUAAUAAAAAAAAAUCGGUAAAAAGUUUUCUAUAUAACAGCUUUAAAAAACCCAAACAUUUCUGAAGUCUUUAUGCCAAGUGUCAAAAUUGAAAUAACUUGCAUAAGUUUAUGAACACUUUAAAAUGCGUUUUACAUAAAUACCCCAAAGCACUGUUAUAACUGAUUGGCGGGGAUAUUAAAAUGCUGAACUCUAAACUGGUGCAUCUUUAUCCUGUGUAGUAGUGAGGACAGUUUGUACUGAUAUUUACCAGACUUUAUUUAAUUUCAAAAUCACUGGGAGAAAAAAUGAUCAAGUUUUGUCUUUGAAAGUGAUUAGAAAAGUGACUAACAUCUUAGCAAAUCUUAAAACAUGGCAUACAAAGUAAACUUGGCUGGAUUGGGUUGGCUGGAAGAUAGAAUACUUCAGGGACAGCUGUUGUUGUAGAUUCUAAAAUAAGUAUGAAGUUGAGGAAAUGUAUUUUACUAUAAUGUAUUUGAACAAUUUUGAUGGCAAAGCACGCCAAGUGAUAUGACUCUUUUCAGCAUACUACAGCGUGUUUAGCUUGCAAAGUCCUUCACUGUUUUAGUAAUGAAAGGUGGAGUGAUUCUGAUAUUACUUGGCCUCAUCCUUUUGUUAAACUGUUUCCAAGAGUAAGAGAUUCACCAAGUUCUUCUUUGUCUCUGUAUUUCUUUUUGUUUUAAAGGAAAGAAUCAUGGUGACUCUCUUUACAAGUGACAUUGUUGAUAUUAUUUUGGCUUUGUUUUCCAUUUUUAAUUAUUAUGUAGUAUGGUUUUUCCAAGCAAUUAAAGUGUUGUGUGCACCAUGUUAUCAAAAUUUGCCUGUAAGUCACUAAACUCAUAAGUUUGACUGGAUCAGUGGUGAUACAAGCUCAGGCUUUGUUUGUUUUGUUUUUGAAAACUAGACAAUGGGAGUAUAAUGCUCCUAGGUACAUGAACUGUGUCUGGGUAAUCUGAAACUGCGCUAUAAUUUUUCUAUACAAAUCUGUUAAAAUACAGUUUUCCCAUUUUAUAAAAAUUUGAACUAAGCAAACUUUUCCUGAAUCCUGACUCAGCUCUGCAUUUGAACAGCCUCAUUAUUGCACAAACGAAACAUGAAUUAAGUGCCAGUCCUGCUCCCGUUGAGGUCUUAUUUGAGUUUUGCCUUGACUGCAAUGGGAACCAGGUCAGGCUCAAAGUCUGCAUUGAAUGCAAAUUUCUUAAACACCAGCUUUUAGGAGUACUGGGGAGGGACGGAGAGGGGUGCACUUUUGAGAUUCCGUAUAGUUGUCCUAAUGCAACACAUUCUUGGAUUUGGAAAAGUUUUCAGAAAUGCACCACUGGAUUCUGGUUUUUCUCCUUUCUGGUAAUACACAGAGUCAUAAGUUAAAUGGGCCUCUUGCCUCAGAUAUAACCUGCUUAACCAUAUAAUCUUAAAUAAGUGCCAACUGAGGGAAUCCGUAGGGGGAUUUGCUUUACUGUGAAUCCUGCCAAUUACAUUUCCAUAAGAAAAAUAUUCUCUAAUCUUUAAAUUUUGUUUCAUACACAGUUCAGGUGUCUCAUUGAAACUACAUGGGGGUGUAUAAAUAUCUUCAUCUAAUGGUUGAAAAGCAAAGCAGUUGAUUUUUAGACCUGAGCAAAAAAGCUUAUUCAACUUUUCCCACAAAAUAAUUGUAAAACUCUUGACCUUUCUCCAAAACAAUCAGUUAUUUCUUUCCAAAUUGAAGUAAUUUUUAAAAAUGCAAAUGAUUUUUUAUUUUUAAAAGUUUUUCUUUAAAAGAAACAAAGUGCCAUGCAACUGUAGCUUCAGCUGACUUCCCUGAACCAGUCCAUUGAAUUCCACGUCAUUCAUAAUUCUAACUUUUAUUGUGAGACUGUCGGACAGAAAUCACCAGCUCUUCGUUUUGUUUAUUAGUUUACCAGUCAGUGAGGUGGGAACUCUUAAUUACACAGCUCAGUGGAAGUAUUUUGCGCAAUAUAUAUACUGUACAACAUGUAUGUGCAAGAGAGAGGUUUUACUUUUACAAAAAAGAUAUGAACAAUACAAAAUGAAGACAGUAACUAUACUUGCCUUUUUAAUCUAUUUUAUGGCAGCUCAGAAGGGAGGUGCUGAAAACCUUGAACGAUUGUUGUCAAAUCAGAUGACAAAAUACCGUUUUUUUUUCUUCCAUUACAGAAAUUGGGUACUGAUCACACAUGAUGUGUAUAGGGCUAAAUAUCUGCUUGUUUCUUUCUUUGCACUUGUGUACUUUUAUUUCCCUCUGUAGGCAAUAAAUGGCUAUUUUGCAACUGCA